GAAAAGUCCAGCGACGAAGCGCGGCGUUUGGCCAAAUUGAAGCCGCAUUUAUUCCUCCACUACUCCUCGAUAUCCGUGGAUCCACUCAGCCCACAGCCAGCGCCAUGACAGCGCCCACCGUCCCCGCAGACCAGCACGGCCACCCGCUCCCAGGCCCCGCAGACCCCGCAGCCAACGACACAUGGCGCCCCUCCCGCUACCGCGAACCCCUCCACCCGGACAACGAAGAGGUCCUCGAGCAGGCUGCCUACCAGGCCGCAGUCACUCGUUCCAGCGGCGACGACAGGAAGAGGAAGAUAAAGCCGAGGCGGACGGUCGACUACCAGGGCGGCGUCCAGAAAUGGAGAAUGCUGAACAAGCUCAAGGGCGUCCACGAAUUCAGGCCAGCCAUACACCCUAACCCGUCUGAUAUUGUCAACUUUCUUCCGCCUGUAGCACUCCGGUCAAACCCGUCGACGUCUAUAUGUGAUUACUGGGUCCACACCUCGAUAAAUAAAGAACGUUCUCCCACCCGUGUCGUCAGAUGGACACCAGACGCCCGUCGUCUGCUCACAGGCAAUGACAAGGGCCAAUUCACGCUCUGGAACGGUGCCUCUUUCAACUACGAGUCCAUUACUCAGGUACACGACGACUCUAUCCGGUCCUUCACCUACUCGCACAACGGCCAGGCGCUUGUUUCAGCCGACAAAGGCGGCACGAUCAAGUACUUUACACCGCAUCUCACAAAUAUACAUGGUUUCCAGGGGCAUCGAGAAGCUUGUCAUGAUGUUAGUUGGAGUCCGAACGAUGAGCGUUUUGUGACUUGUGGAGAUGAUGGGCUUGUCAAGAUUUGGAGCUAUAGAGAAGCCAAGGAAGAAAGAAGUCUGAGUGGCCACGGUUGGGAUGUGAGAUGCGUCGACUGGCACCCCACAAAGGGUCUUAUCGUUUCCGGUUCCAAAGACAUGCUCGUAAAAUUUUGGGACCCACGAACAGGCAAAGAUCUCUCUACACUCCACUCUUCCAAAUCCACCAUCAACACAUGCCGAUGGUCUCCCGAUGGCCAUCUCGUGGCGACAGCCGGCCAAGAUUCCGUCAUUCGCCUCUUUGACAUUCGUACCUUUCGCGAGCUGGAAGUCUUAAAGGGCCACGAAAAAGAAGUCAACUGCAUCGAAUGGCACCCGAUCCAUCACUCUCUCCUAGUUUCCGGCGACGCUCUCGGCACUAUCAACUACUUUUCCCUCCUCUCCCCCACUCCCUCUACACCCAUCACCACGCUUUCAGCCGCUCAUGAGGACGCAGUCUUCUCCCUCUCUUUCCAUCCCCUUGGCCAUAUUCUCUGUUCGGGAUCAAAGGACUUUACAGCGAGAUUCUGGUGUCGUGCAAGACCGCCGGGGGGACAAGAAUUCGAUAAAUGGCAUCUUACCGAGGAAGGCGCUGCCCAAAAAGAACUGGAACGCAUCACAAAGCGUGAAUGGGGGACGAACGCCCCUCCUGCGAACGCUGCAGGCGGUGGCGGCGGCGGCGGCGGCGAUAAGCAGCAAGUCGCUUUACCCGGUUUGUCCAACCUCGUUGCCGCUGUCAACAGCGUCAAGACCGGCCCGACGACGACAGGCGGAGGGCCAUCCGGUCUUCCAGGACUGGGUGCGCCCAAUGUCCAUGCUGGCACCCCGCCAUCGCGGGUAUCCACCCCUUCGUCCAUGGGACCUCCCGGUCCUGGUGCCCAAGGACAAGCACAAGGCGGUCAGUUCCCACGAGGAAGGUCGGCGCUUCCUAGUCAGAACGAUAUGCUUCGGCAUAAUCACGGCUCGCGUGGUGGGUUUGCAGAUCGGGAUAGGAACGGGGGAGGAGACAGAGGGGGAAUGGAUAGAGAUAGAGAUUCACGAGGGGGAAGACAGGAUCCAAGAGGUAAUCAGAUGUAUGGCCGUGGGCCAGGGGGACCUCCUCCCGGUCCUCCACCAGGUCAAGGGGGAUACAAUUACCCCCCUGCUCCUCCCAACUAUCCCCCUUACCCGCCGUCAUCCUACCCUCCUCCGCCCAACAACCAACCCGGCUAUCCGCCCGCACCCAAUUACGCUAUGCCCCCUGGACCCGGUGCUCCUCCUCAAAGUUAUCCUUAUAAUCGACCUCCUCAGGGACCCCCUCAGAAUAAUAAUCCAGGUGGCCAAGGAAAUUACGGCGCUUCCGCUUCCGGCGGGUAUGGCCAGUACGGCGGUGGUGGUGGUGGUGGAGGAGGAGGAGGGUACGGUCGGGAUGGACGGAGAUAGAACAAAACGACAUAGAGAGAGAGAGAGAGAAAUGCAUCAUGGUUAUUGUACAACAAACUAUCUAAUGUGCAAAACUUGCACGCAGCUCAUCUGCCAACCUCGUGCUCAGCGAGCAACUGUCAAACCAAAUUAAUCAGUCCUUUUUCUUUUUUCCCUCUUGGCUUUUGCUUCAUAGACCAAAUUCCAAAAUCUGACUUACCAUAUUGGGGAUACCGUUAGCCACAGGGUAGGCAUGGCCACACCCUCGACAUGUCAUGAU